AUGCUCCAAGCGAUUAAGAGAAUAUGCCGCGCAACAAAUGUGGAGCCGGCGCUUAUCCUGGCGGCCAUGUCGAUGAGUUUCCUGCUGACGUCGCAGCCACAGUUCCAAUAUUGGGCCCGAUGUAUCGAGCUCGGAUACCAGGAGUUUCCGGACAUGAACGAUACAGUGUGCACCCUCGAUUUGGCCGAUGACGACCGUUUCGGGAUGGAACUACAAAAAGAUAUUGCGCAUAUGAGGACCUGGAUCCAGGUUGCCAAUUCGAUCCCAAAUCUCAUCUCGGCGCCGCUGCUCGGAAUUUGGGCCGAUCGAGCGGGCCGCAAACCAGCUUUAAUCUUCUCGAUCUGCGGUUUUUGUAUUUAUGCGGUGCUGUACGUCAUCGCUACGUUUACGUAUCGCCAUAUUAACGUUUAUAUUUGGUUCUUCGCGGCGGAAACAAUCUGGGGCGCGACGGGUGGAUCUUGCGGCCUGAUUGGCACGAUGUUCGCCAUGAUUAUUGACGAGACCAGGAAGGACACCGGCACGAAAAACUACAGUGUCCCGGUCCGGAUCAUCGUCGGGGCGGCGCUGCAGAAUUUCGGCGGUUUUGCCGGGAAUAUAGUGAUCACGAUAUUGGCCGGGCUCGAGUCAAGAUAUUUAAUUUGCGCUCUUUUACAAUGCGCUUGCAUAUUUGCUACCUUUUUCUACGUGCUGCUAUUCGUUCGGGAGACUCAUCACCCGAAUCGUGUCGGGGAAUACGGGCCCGACCUGGGCGCCGCGUCGACUUCGAGCAGUUCGGACCCAUCAAUCACCACCACGCGUUCGACCGCCAAUUUGGUGGUACUCGGCUGGCAGCAUUUUGUCGGGUUAUACCGAUCGAUGCAAGAGGUGCUGUUCCGAAAGAGACGUGGCUGGAUCCGGUUCUGCGUCAUCACCUCCCUGGCCCUAUCUGCUGUCGAGCUGAUUGUUCUAGAUAUCAAUUACAUCUACCUCUACAUCAAGCUACCGGCAUUCCACUGGUCCGACAGCUUGUUCAGCCUUUUCAUGACGGUCAAGGGACUCGCUGCGGCUACUGGAAUGCUACUGGGCCCCCUCGUGCUGGCGCGGCUCCAGAUCCUCGGCAAAGAUUCGCUGUAUAUCAUUUUGGGCUGCACCGGCGCGGCCACCUCGUUCUAUAUGCUGGCGUUUGCCCCGAAUACGGCUACCGUAUUCUCAACGGCAUUCGUGUUCUUCCUGGUGGGUUUCCUGUAUCCGGGCAGCCGAUCAUUCGUCCCGCGGCUCGUCGAACAACACGAAACGGCGCGGCUCUUCUCGAUUCUUGGCGUUGUGAUGGUAAUCUGCCCAGUGAUCUCCGGUAUCGUGUUCAAUUCGCUGUACCGUGAAACCCUCGAUUGGUGGCCCGGAUUCUCGUUCCUCAUCGCCGCCGUCUUUGCCACCUUGGCCACGUUUGGGCAAUGUGCGAUGCACUGGCUGAUGCGGCCAUUAUGGCUGGAAGAAUAUGAAGCCGUCCAAAAGGAGAAAGCCGAUACAAAAACAGAAGCG